CCCGCGGCCCCCCCUCCUGCUCCGGGUGAAAACUGAGAUAGUAGGAAAAGCCAUGGAGGGAGAAAGCUGGAUGUAUUAGCUAGUAUGCUACUUUAGGGCAUUUUUUCAUUCUUUCGUUUUUGCCUGCACAAAACAAAGCGCCUCAGUGUGGUGGUAUCCGUUGUGUAUUUUAUGUGUUGGGAAAACGUCGUAAACUUUUACAUUCAAACAUAUAAGGACAGUCUGACCGCGGACAGUUAGCUAGCUAGCACAACCCGACAAAAGUUAGCCUGCUCCGGCUAACUUAGCCUGUCUCCGCUAGCAAGAGAGGACAAAAAACAGGCUGGUGGAAAAGGAGUUCAGGGUAAAAGUGGCGCUGCGGCGUAAAGUAACUAGUAAUGUUGCCUCCCGGGAUUAACUUCAGAUACGGAUGAGAAAGAAAUUGGCGACUGGGGAACACCGAGGCGAGAACAACUGCGAGGAGCCAGUGGACCACUGAUAUGUUGGGGUUGAUUCACGGCUCUGGCACCCCGCCUGAGUCCCGAGGUUGGCCACACUCUGUGAUGUGGAGGCUCGGGGGCUUCUUCUUCCUCCUGCUGCUGGAAGGAGCAGGCUGCCUCGCCAACCCGAGCAGCUCUUCUGGCGUCAACAACAACAACAACAACCACAACCAGCCUAGUGUCAACAUAUACAUGAGUGUUGACGAGGUGAAGAAGCUUUUGGGCCUAGAUGCAGAGCUGUACUAUGUGCGAGACGAUGUGGUGAAUCAUUAUGCUCUCUCCUUCACCCUGCCUGUGCCCAGUGAGACCAACAGCCUUCACUUCUCAUGGCAUUCCAAGACAAAGGUUGACUACCGGCUUGGCUUCCUUAUGGACAACCCUGUUGCCAUGAACCAACCACGGAGCAACAUCUCCAGUCAGGGGGAGGUGCCCCGUGUCCCCUCUGUCUUUAGAGUGGACCUCUUCUGUUCCGGCAAGGUAGAUGGAGAGGCUGUUUUAACAGUGCAGCUAAAUCUGACCAUCCAUGCCAACAACUACACAGUGCUCAACUUUAAGAGGAGGAAAAUGUGCUAUAAAAGAAUAGAUUCUGAACCAAAGACUCCCAUUCCCCACAACAAUACCACUCUUCCACGGCCUGACUAUGAUCCCCCCACCACCUCCACACAGGUGUUCUACAUAAGUGUCAGCGUUUGCUGCAUUGUCAUCUUCCUCGUGGCCAUCAUCCUGGCCAUCCUGCACCUGCACAGCAUGAAGAGAGUGGAGAUGGAGGACAGUGUGAGUGACAGUGGAAGCUCACAGGGCCUGUCUCAGCCGUCCACCCAGACCACACAGUACCUGAGGGCUGACACUCCAAACAACGCAGCCCCAGUCACCAACAAUCACCCUGGUUCUGCACCCAUUCUCCAGCUUGCUGCCUCCUCCUUCCAAAACCCUGGUGUUCCCCCUCAUGAAACCAAAAGUUACCCAUCUCUCCGCAUUGAGAAGAAUGACCUGAGGAGUGUUACUCUAAUGGAGGCCAAAGCUAAAGUUAAAGACAUUGCCAUCUCAAGGGAGAGAGUCACAUUACGGGAUGUCUUGCAUGAAGGCACGUUUGGCCGCAUCUUCCACGGUGUGCUCCUGGAUGAAAAGGACCCCAGUAAGGAAAAGCAGGUCUUUGUGAAGACAGUGAAAGAUCAUGCGUCUGAGGUGCAGGUGACCAUGAUGUUGACUGAAAGUUGCAAGCUUCGUGGACUUCAUCAUAGAAAUCUGUUACCCAUAAGCCACGUGUGUACGGAGGACGGAGAGAAGCCCAUGGUGCUGUUGCCUUUUAUGGCUUGGGGGAAUCUUAAGCUGUUCCUGCGACAAUGCAAGCUAGCCGAGGCUAACAACCCACAGGCGAUCUCUCAGCAAGACUUGGUUUACAUGGCCAUCCAGAUUGCAUGUGGAAUGAGCUACCUGGCUCGCAGGGAGGUCAUACACAAAGACCUCGCUGCCAGGAACUGCGUCAUUGACGACAACAUGCAGGUGAAGAUUACAGAUAAUGCCCUUGCCCGAGACCUAUUUCCCAUGGACUACCACUGUCUGGGGGAUAAUGAGAACAGGCCGGUCCGCUGGAUGGCCCUGGAAAGCUUGCUCAACAACGACUUCUCUAGUGCGAGUGACGUGUGGGCCUUCGGAGUGACGCUUUGGGAACUGAUGACUCUGGGUCAGACCCCCUACGUCGAUAUCGACCCCUUUGAGAUGUCAGCCUACCUGAAGGAUGGCUACAGAAUAGCACAACCAAUCAACUGUCCAGAUGAACUGUACGUUGAUUUACGGAGCGCACACACACAGAUACAAACACAAAUACUACAUUUACUAUUUAGAUUUGAAAUGGCUAAAACACUCUUCAGUGGUAAAGCUUUGGUGCUUUUCAACGGAAACCAACAUUUCCCGAGCACACCUGAAGGCAGCUUUAUUUCAUGGAAAAGAGAAAAUAAAAGGCGACGAAGAGAGAGAUGAAGCGACCGCUUUGUU